AUGGACAGCUGGACUCUCCAGGGGGACAGCUACUCCUUCCUGCGCAGUGCGCCCCACACCUUUUCCCUUUGCCAUCGUGACGGCACCCCUAACCACGUUGAAAUCUACGACAUUAUCAACAUCCCCUCUCAGCGCAGCGCCAUCUCUGAGACUACCUGCCUUUGUGACAUUUUUGGGGACGACUGUGAGUCGUCGUCCCUCUCAAGCAGCCCCGCUGCUGGGGCUUUUGUCCCUUCUCAGAGAGAGGUGGACAGCACAGCUGCUGCAUCACCCCUGGUGGAUGAACUGAACGAUUCCUCUGGCUCAUACCACACUGCGCAGGGAUCCAGUGAGGGAGAAGAGGGCUUUGAAGACUCAGGAGAAAGGGUUUAUAGCCCAGCUUUGCAAAACGAGUCAUCAGAGAAGAGGCAAUUGGAGGGUAAGGUGCUGAGCUCAGAACAUCCACAAGUUGGUGAGGACAGUAUCCCAAAUUUAACACCUAAGAGCAAAUCACCGGAACUUCAGCUUAGUUCAAUUAGCCCAUCCCAAGUCUUCAACAGUGGUGAGAGGACACCCUCUCCUGGACAUAGUAGCCCCAAUACCCUCAGUCCAGAGGGAAGGCUGUCAUCUUUGUCUUCUUCCUCAGCUGAAAAAAGACUUUCAUCAUCAUCACCUCAUACAAAACAAACCCAUUCAGAAUCUGAAUCAAAAAUAACUCCUUCAUUAACAGACCAACAAAGCAGCCCCUCAAAUCCAUCUUUAACUCCGAGUCCUUCCUUCCCACAAGACUUGCUUGAGUCAACAGCCUAUCUCUUAAAUCCAAACCGCAAAGUGUUACCUGAGAUCACACACUUUUCUCAGAAUUUUACAGAUUCAGACUUUGAAUCCAAAGCCAUCCUUUCAUCUCCUUUACCUUUACUCAGUGGUGUAGAGAUAGAGUCUCAGUCAGACAGAAUAGUGGUCUCCCCUGAGCUUAGAAAUACUUCCCCUAACUCUGAUCCACAAGCAUCAUCUCCUUUCUCUGAGCUAAGAGGGGGGGUCUCCCUACCUGAUCUAUUUAGCAGAGGCUCCACACCUGAUAUAAAAGAUUCUGUUUAUACUCCUGAAUUGAUUUCAGAUCUCUCAUCUUCAAGAGGAGACACUGCAACAACUCCUGAGAGCCAAGAUAUACGGUUAUCAUCUGAACCGCACAGCAGUGUUUCUACACCUGGCCCUCAAUACACACCCCCUUCUCCUGUCAUUUCAAUAGCAACGUCCCCAGAGCUUGUGGGGAGCGUUGUUUCACUUGAUUCAAAAAAUACAAGUGCCUCACCUGUCCUUCUCAGUACUGCUUCUCCAGCCAACACUGGGACAAGAAGUCCAUCUCCUGACCCCUCAGCUAAAAUAAGGAAUAAUUUAACAUUUUCUGAAAUCAGGACCCAGGUAUCUUCACCUGUGGUUGAUUAUAGUUUAUCUCCAUCACCUGGAAUAAAGAACAAUAGCUCCCCCAUAGAGUACAGAUACACUUCUCCUUCACCUGAGAUCAGGAUUAUAGCAUCUUCACCUGAGAUCAGUAGGAAAGAGCAACCCUCUGAAGUGGAGACGACACUGGCUUCUCCUUUAUUAGAGCCUCUCUUUGGAUCAGCUUCACCGAGAAGCUUCACCUCCUCGCCUCAUAUCACAGGGAUUUCUUACUCUAUUGUUCAGCCUGAGGACAGGGACAGUCCCCCAUUUCCCGAGCUCUCCCAUCUCUCCACCCCAGAGCCAGACAGGACCCUUAUGUUCUCUGAGGAAGGCAGAGACAGUAUAAACAGCAGUGCAGCAGAGUCUACUUGUAUCCCACGAGGGUCACCUCCGAUACCAAGCUUCCUACGCUCUGAAGCGACUCUCUUGCCUCAAACACCAUCACCUCAGCCAAAUCAUCUCACCUCUUCACCAGAACCGAGAUAUCAAACCCUUUCAUCUGACGAGCAUCAAAGUCCUUCACCUCCGUGCACAAGUAGAGAUCCAUCCCCUGUUGUUCCAUUUCCUGAGCAGAGUUAUCAACAUUCACCAGCAACCCUUCCCUCAGAAUAUAACCACCUCUGUACACAACCCGAUCAUUCUAUGAGAAACAAACCUGUCAUUGAAAAUAAUUCUUUUUCUGUUGAUAUUAUAAAAAUACAGUCCCCCACACAGCUGACAAAAAACAGCGAGUCACCCGAUUUUGACAGGAGAGAGAAAGAAGCUGCUGCUGAAGUUAAAAACAACUCACCAGUAGUGGCAGCUCAUUCACCUGUAUCUGUCUCAUCAGAUACAAGUAUAGACAGCUCACUGUUAGAACAAACCAAAGAAAUAGAAGAAACAGCAAAGGAAGCAUAUCUUCACAAUAAAUCAAAAGUAGUUUCAUUCACUGAGGAAAAACAAGACCUUCACUCACCCUUUUAUCGGGAAAAAAAUACUUAUACAAAUUCUCCAAGUGAAACCAAGUCACCUUCCAUUAAUCCUAUAGCUCCUAAGGACAGGAACCCCAACAUCUCACCUGUCCACAGGGCUUCAUCAAACCAAACUUUGCAGCCACAACAAAGCCUCCAUCCUCAACCCACUUCUUAUUCCCUGACUUCUUUUUCACCAGCAUCAACCUGCAUACCUGUGAACUCGAGAAGACAGCUGUUAACCAGAGUUAGACGUGAAAACACUGGCAAAUUUACAGAGGACAUGUCCCACCAUGUAAACAGGAGGCAGACUCCCUCUCCGCCUCUCACUAGGUUUACACCUGUCCACAUCAUAGCCCCUGAGAAACCAUACAGACAGUGGCAGAACAGAAGCCGUAGCCCCUCUCAAGUUUUAGCAUCCUCAUCAAGUGGUAAUUUAAAGAAAGCCACGACAAAUAGGGAAAGCCCCACUGAUGACCCUACUGACAAUAAUAGCCAACCCCACUGGGUCAGGCUGGGAAGGCAAUUGGAGCUGGAAAGGGAAAUGCCACUGGAGCUGGAAAGAGAUGUAGGUAUGGUGAGGCAAAGGGAGAGGGAGAUGGACAGAGAGAGAGAGAGGGAGGAGGGGACUCCUGAAAGAGGGGAGGGGUGGCAGCAAGUUACCAGUUACAGAGGGGAACAGGUUGAGCUGUCAUUCAGUGCCAGGAAUAGAAAAGGACCUGUGAGUUGCAGUGCAGCUCCCACAAGCAGAGAGACCCGUCAGGGACUGCCAACAGCGCAUUCCUAUUCAGAAAGCUUGCUAGCGACAAGACAGCUACAGCAACAACAGAAUCUGCUUAGACUUGCUUAUCAACAAGACAGCAGGUGUGGAAGUGCCAGCAGACGACCUCAACUCCCUGCACCUCAGAACAAGAGGAACGCUCCUGGACAAGUUGCCUCAAACAGGCCCUGUCAGAGUUCCUGCUCCAGCAUGGGAAGUGAACUUGAUGAAGCAGACAAUGAGGUGAAGUGGUUUACAGACUUGGCUUUCAGCAGCCUGUCGAGCCCUGAAGUAGAUUACCUUGACAUGUACAACUCCAGCCACCGUUCAUCUACAAACAUUUCUCAACCCUCCACCCAAGAGAGUCCAGCUGGGGUCAAUGCUUCCUGGCCGGCCUACGCUGACUUCAGGGGUUCUGCACCAAAGCUGGACCAUGAUGAGCUCUCCUUCCAGCAACCAUCUGCAUACAACUCCGAUGGCCUUGACCCUUCAAGGCGAUAUGAGUUGGGCAGCUUUGAAUGCAUAGAUGUGGCUGUGGAAAGAGAAGAUUACAGGAAGGUGAGAAAAGGAGUGCCGAAGAGACAGAUCCAGCUUAAAAGAAAGAACAAUGGUGAAGGAAAGCAGGAUGAGAGCAGUGAAAAUAGCAGUCCUGGACUACCUGUGAUGGCGGAAAGCCCCCCUAAAGAGAGCCACCCAAGAGGGACCUUUCUAAGACAACACAGCACACCAGCAGCAAUGCAAGAGUGUUUCCCAUCAGAGUGCAGUCCUGAGCCUGAUAAACAAAAGGAAAGACAGUCCAAACUCCAGAAAUCUGCUUCUAUGGAUGAAACAUGCACUAAAACCAAAAUGGCCUCAUGCCUCAUUAAGAGUGUGCUAUCCAAGAAGAUGCAAAGUGUUGACAGGCAACCCGAUGAGCAAGCAUGUGAAGAAGUGAUCCCGCCAACGGAGAGCGCAGUGGCACCUCUUAAAGAAUCCCCAAAACCUGACUCAUGGAAUCAGAGGUCUGGUCUUCAGUCAGAUUACAGUCCUUCGUCUGAGCGUCCUUUUGUAAAGGGGGAAUUGGGCACAAAGGAUGAACUUAAACCAUCCAAAAGCCAUGGAAUGAGAUCUAGUAACAGGCCAAGCUCAUCCAGCAGUUGCAGAAGUGUUACCUUCUCUCAGACUGACAGCGAAGAGGCUGAUUCUCAAAGCAGGAGCGCAACAUCUUUGAGAUCAGAGAUUAAAUCAGAAUUAAAAGUGCCAUUUGAUAGUAAAAACUUCAGACCUGCAUUACAGGAUAGCAAAACAAACGUAAUGGAGGAAAGUGACUCAGCAAAUACCAGGUCUCAUUCAGUCAGAAGAGCUAGUGGCACACAGGUGAGGGUGACUAACAGAAACCAGGAAUGUGAAAACACAGAGGACCACAAACAACCACUCCAGGGUGAUCCAUGUGCCUACACAUCUAAAACACAGGAGAUUACACUCAAAUCUGUAGAGAAAAAGAAGGCCUCACUAAAUGUCUGUCUCACUCCUGAAGCAGAAAGCAAACCUGGAGGUUUAUCAUCAGAUGCGUCUGUCAGCGAAAAGGAAGAGAAGCCUGAGACUGACACAGAUGAGAAAACAGAGGAAGAACAGGACAACAGCAGAGUUAAGGCCCCCAUUCACAAAGUUAGAGAUGUGAGGCGGCUUGUGAAAAAUACAUAUAAUCUAUCCUUCAAGGCAGCAAGUACUGUAAUGCAAUCAAAUGAAAAUGAAGAGAGGAUGAAAAGUGUAAAUGAAGAAAUUAGGGACAAGCCCACAGCAAGAGAAGAGAGGGUUGUGAUACAGGAGAUAAGGAGGGAAGUGGCAAGAGAGGAGAGGGAAGAGGAGCUCCUGGUUGAGAGUAAAGAAGAGCAGAAAGAGGACACAAAAGAAUCAGAGAUGCUAAACUUAGCUCCACCUGCUAAGAGCAAAAGCAAUUCUCUGUCAGGUCCACUGCCAAUGCAAAUAGAAUACAAGGCUGUUUGCUGUAAAGAUGACAAAAAUAAAAUGUCAAGCAACAAGAAAGAUGAAGACGAAAAACCCCAAGCCUCUUCAAAGUCUUCUAUGGAGGUGAACAGGGAAACCAAGUCCUUGAAUUCAAACACACCAGAUCACACAACAGGAGACCUGGUGACUCAGAAGCUCUGCAAACAUGAUGUAAACAUUACAGCAGAAACACAAAAGACCAUGACAGAAAGCCACAAAGUGUCAGAAAGCGAAGACAAGCCUGGGGUGACAAGGACAGACAGAAAACCCCCCAUGCUUGGAAGCCUCCCUAAAGUGCCCAGUAAGGAAAGAGAGGUGUCCACUGCUGUUGUGUUGAUAAGAGAAAGGCCGAACAAAACCAACAUGUCUGCAUCUUCAGCCCAGGAGGAGAUUUCUACACCAAUGCAAGCUCCUGAUCCUGUUUCACUUUCACCUGGACCCACUACCCCUGGCAGUGGUGGCCACUCAGUUUCAAUGCUAUUAAAGGAGAAAGGCUACCAAGCUGACAUUGGCGCAGUGGUAGGUGAUAACCAGAACGCAGCUGGAAGUAAAGGAGUUCCCCGUAAGCAUGUGAACUGCUUGGAGAUCCCCCUUCAGACUACUCCUUCUUCAGAUGGAGUUUUGACUGAGUCUAACAGAGAGAGAACAUUCUCUUCUUCAUCUGCCACUUCAGGCCCACCAGCAGCUGACACCGCAGACACCCCCGCAAAGCCCAGAGAAGAGGAAGAAAUUAGCACUAAGCCUCCAAGAAAAGAAACAGCAAUACAAAGAGGCAAUGCACAGGAGCAAACACCACCUCUCACCAAACAGAAAGAUAUAGGAGACUUUGAAGCAGUGAAAAGACUAGAUCCAACUUUCCCCCCGAGGUCCCCUGCAAUAAGGAGAUUCAAACAGCAGCCGAUCGAGGUUAAAUCGCUGUCUAAAGAACCACAGAAACAAGAAAUGCCCGCUAACUCUACAGGAAACCACAGGCCUCAAACUAUCGAAGUUAAAUCUAUAGCUAAAAACUCUCAAAAGCCAGCUGUGCCUCCAAAACCAAGCUGCAAAUUUAAACCUUUGGAUUUAGGAGCAAUACCAAAUGAAGUUCAGAGAGCAUCAACUGCAUUAUCAAAUGGAAAACCACAAGGUGAAGAGAGGCCUCAAACUAUUGUGGUGAGCUCACCCACAGUUUAUAGGAAAAUUUCCAAUGAAUCUGCAUCAUCAUCAAACUAUUCAAGAAAACUGGCUGUGUCUACUGUGUCCAGCCUUAAACCUCCACCUCAUAAAACAACAACAACCACCAUCCCCAGUCUCUCAAACCAGCCAACAUCAUCAUCAUCAGACACAGAGGCAGCUGCUGACAGUGGACAGCAGCAACAACCUACUGCCUCUCCUCAGAGCUCUAGACAUGCACAAAAGCCUGCAUCUUUGGCAACAUCAGCCACUGGCUUAGGUGGAACCUCAGCUCCAGGUUCAGUUUCUGAUCCAAAACCAAACCAAAUCCCUAGACCCAGUGAAGCCAGUCAGCCAGUUCCUAUGGACCCAGACAACCAACUGCAGCAUCCCAGGGUGACAUAUCCUCCUGAGCAAGCUAUGCCUGUUACAUCAAACAAUGCAAAACAAGCCACUGGUGUUUCCACAGCACAAGUACCAAGAUACACAAAUCAGCGGGGCCACAGAUCUCUCUCCAGUGAGCAUGCCCAAAGAACAGAUGAGCUACAUUUUUAUGCCUCAGAUGACCCUCCAAGCUAUGAUGAAAGAGAGAGCUUCAGUCCACUAUUGCUCCCAGAUUUGACUUCCAUGAGGCAAAAUCGCCAUCAACCCUCAUCCCGCCAUCCUCCCUGCUCCUGCACAGCUGGCUGUCAAUCUCAUCCUAUUCCUGCCCCUCCCCACCAUCAUCGCAGCCCCCAUGACCUCACCCCACCUGCCCCACCCCACUCACCGGGCCAGGCACUACCUUAUCCAAUGACCCACCCCCCUCUCCGACUCCAUCAGUGCAGACCUGAACCUCAGCCAAUGAGUUACCAACCAGGCUCUCCCAAAUCAAGCCCUGUUGGUCCAAACCAGCCACCUUCUAUGUACCAGCCUCUUCACCAAUCUGGUCCCUGUCCUCCCCACCCCUCACUCAUACAGGCCUGCUCUACUGAUCGCUCACUGCAGCCAAACCAGCAUAUUGACCCUCGAAGGCCUCCUGUGCACAGAUCUCCUCAUCAGCAGCCACCAAAUAUUACUGGGGCUCCUUACAGUGAUCCUGGUCACAGUCACUCUCCUGGCCUUACUACUAUGGAUCCUCAAUACCUGUGUGGCCCUCAAAACAUGGGGCCUUCCUAUGGGUCUGAAUACGGGGGUGACAGCUCCAGUUUGUUCUCAGAAAGUAGCUAUGGACAGACACCACGCAGAGUGCUCCUGGAUCCUGAAACAGGAAAAUAUUUUUACAUCGAGGUGCCUGUACAGCCACUGAGGAAAAUGUUGUUUGACCCAGAGACUGGCCAGUAUGUGGAAGUCCUAAUCCCACAGCAAGCAAUGUCUCAUUCUGGUCUGUAUCCUCCUCCAGCAGCCCCGUUCCCACCUCUCCACAGCCCCAACAUCUACGCCCCUGCUCCACAGUACAUGCCCUGCGCAGCUCCUCCUCCCUUAGCUCACCCCCAGGCUCAGCCUCAGCCACCCCGAUAUCCUGAGGCCUCUGCUGCAGCAGCAAUGCACCCAAGCGGACCUGGGGUCAAUUAUAGGAGUGCCUUAGGUCCAGGGUCCAAGUCACAGCCUGAAAAUCAUCCACCACUGGACCACAGCUACCUGGAGAGCAUGUAUUAUGUCCCUACAGGGAUGAAUGCGAGCCCAAAUCGCACCCCACCUGACUAUUACCACAAACAUCCUCCUAACUUACCAGUAGCAGGGGGGAAAAGGUCCUGAAAUAGAGGGUAGAGGCCGUCUUCCUGGAGCCUGUUGGGUUUAAAAUACACUGUGUAUAAAGGGAGUUUCUAAUGUUAGCCUGUAAUGUUAUUUGAGUUUUAACAUUGCAACUGAAGACAGCAAUUCUUUGGUUGUUGUGUCUUUGCUGCUGCUAUAUUAUGUGCUGGGCUGUUUUCACUAAAUGAUUCUUAUAGGCUAACAGCAUUUAAAAUACAAGUAAGUAGAUAUUUUGUAUAAGGUGUUAUUAAGACUGUUACCUAUAAUUUUUUUUAUAUAGGAUACAAAAAUGAUACUGUAACUUCUACAUGGAGGCACAAACACUACACAUCUGUUGGUUUACUGAUUUACUAAUGUGUGUAUUUUCCCAACAAAUAGCAAAUGAAAAACUUGAAAAUCCUGUUAUAAAAGAACAUCAUAUUUAUUUUAUUAAUGUAUUUUAAUGAGUGAGGUAAUGCACAUGAUGUCCGUAACACGUUGCAACAAUGCAAAUAAAAAUUUUGAAUAUG